AUGGCCAGCCAAGGAGCCAAUCAGUCAUCGUUAAUUUUAUCAACAAGUGAUUCCCGAGCGGAGCCAGUUGGAAAGCGGAUCCGUCUACGGCAAUUGUCUGAGCGAAUCGCCGCAUGGCCAGAGGAUGAUUGGUCGGGGAUUUCUGAUCCCAAAAUGCGCAGGAGGUUGCAGAAUCGCUUAAAUCAGAAGGCUCGACGACUGCAGAUAAAGCUGGAUGCUAAUGCUACGUCUACCGAUGAUAACAAGAGUGGUAGCCAUGCAUCUGGCGAGGUGGAAGACGGCCGGUUGAUCACGCUACCUAUCGUCGAGGACGGUCAGCCACCAUCGAAUGUGCACUUCAAUAUAGACAGUACAGCAAGGCUAUCUCUAGCAGCAAUUGAAGAGAUCCAUAUUUUAGCGCCCGACACAGCCAAAACAAAAAGACUAAUGCAACAAUUCGAAGCCUUGGCUCGCGCUGAGUACAUGCUUUGUUCCCCGCGAACCGACAUGUUGCUCCACUUGAUCCAAUUCAAUUUCAUCAAAGCUGUAAGGCAAAACAUGGACGUCUUUGGCUUGACCCCCGAGCAAGUACACGACGAUGCACUUUCGCUAUUCAAUGUGACAGGCCCGUGGCAACACGACUUUGAGGGUUCUCUCCCUUCCAGCCUCCAUGCUACCAUUGUACAGCGCACAGUACACCAUCACCCGUGGCUAGACUUGAUUCCAUACCCACAAAUGAGAGACAACUUGAUUUUGGCUGGCGAGUCAUACGAUGAAACCCAGCUAUGUGUUGAUAUGAAGGAACGCGGUCUACUCGUGUGGAAAGAUCCGUGGGAUCCCUCGGGAUGGGAGGUCACCGAAUCGUUCGCUCGUUCUUGGGCAUGGGUUCUGCGAGGUUGUUGGGACCUUUUUCAGUCUACCAACUCUUGGAGAGCACGGCGGAAUGAGAAGCCCCUCUUUCCAUAUCGUACCUAG